AUGAUGCUGGGUGCACCCGGAAAAUCGGCCAAACGGCUCUCGUCGCUCUUCUCCCUCGGAUCGUCAAAGGAGCCUAAGCAAGACAAACACCAAGCACGAACACACGCCGCCAGCGGCUCGCUCUCCUCUCAGUCUGCAAAAUCGGUCGACCAUGCCUCAGCAUCGUCCCAGCGCACUAUUCGACACGCUGCCUCUGUACAGAACUUUCAAGACAGCCAGACCGUUAUACCCGCGCCAAGAAAUGUCUCUGCUCCUCUCCCAGUCGCAGACCCUCACAGGGACUCCCUCCUGAUGCCUCCGCCCUCCCUGGCCGUCGUCAACUCGGAUGUAGCCGCAGAAUCGUCCUCCAACGAGAACCACAGACGUCGUCAGAGCUGGGGUGGGAGUAUCCCAGGGCUUGGUCGUCCUAGGUCUGGAACCGGAACACGCCCGUCAAACCUCAACACUGAGUCCAGACCAUCAAAAGGGAGGAGUUGGGUUCCCGGUCGAUCGGGAAGAGGCUCAGAGGUGGUUACCGACAGCAGGCCCAUGAUGAGAGCGUGGAUUGCAGGAACCCAUCAUGAGAUGCCUUAUGACGUAGACAAGCUGGUAGCCGGUGAAAGGAUUCCAGAGCUCUGGGACGAGCAAGGUGAUACUUACGUAUACCUGUUUCCUAAAAACACCAAUCGCCCACCGUCAUUCAAGAUCCAUUCGUCCAUAUUCUCCGCCUCGCCAGCGUUGACAGUGAUGGCACGUGGUUCAGAUCCUGCUUCUCGUACCAUGUCUGGCCCAGAGUGUCCUCCCAAGCUACGUCUCUCCGUUCCGGUGUCGCCCCCCGUUUCACCCCAACUAGGUCCCCUCGACGUAUCCCAAGAAGGUGACUCGGACGGGAGAAGAUCAAGGGAUUAUCUUCUCGACGAGAGCACCCAGGAACUCCACCUUUAUCUGCCUGUUCCUCUGAACAGUGAUGUAUCAAACAACCGCCCGAUCUUGCACGACGACGAUGUGGAUAUGCUGGUCCUGUUCCGAAAUACCUUUGCAUUUCUCGUUGGACAGUCUCUGAUCGCGACGCCACGGUGCCCGACAAUCUUUUCGAUUUUUAUGGAAGUGGCGGGCCUUCUCGAUAGAUUUGCGUUCUCUAAUUUGGACGGCUCAACAUUCGGAGAAACGGCGCACUCAAGCUUCGCUAGCUACUGCGAGGAGUUGUGCUUGUUUGAUAUCAGAAAGAGUCCCGAGAGAACCAUCCAGGCCAUCGUAAUCGCAGAAAAGAUGCGUUUCCAGCCACUUUAUCACGAAGGGUUCAUUCACGGAGUUGGCAACUUCGACGAAAUUAAACUGGCCGAAACCUUGAAAUUCGACCUCAUCUCAGGCGCCAGUCAGAAGCGGCUAGAAAGAGGUUAUCUUGAUCUCCAAAACCGCUUGAAAGUUGUCCGGGAGAAACUGGAUGAUUUUGAUUUCCCUCAGUUAUUCUCCGGCUUUGCAAAUUCCACUGUCAUGAACGAAGCAAAGGUCAUCCGAUUCAAAAACUGGAAGAAUGCGUGCCUUGCAUUCAGGAAACACGUCAUGUCGUAUUAUCGAACGAGAUUUGGGUCCUGGCCGCCGAAGGCAAACUCAAAGAAGAACCAAUUUGAAGCAAGUGGUCUCAACCGAUUGGUUCUGCAGGAGCUAUACCAGGACUUUGCGGAUCUCUAUGACAUUCUGGUUGAUAGAACAUCAUUAACGACACGAUCGCUCGACAUGACUGUCACAGACGUUGAAGCCGAUAGCGCCGAUGUCCAGCAAUCCACCGCCCGAGCGUUGAGGCUGGUUAUGAGCGAGUUUGACAGAAGCACCCCUCCCGUGGCACCACCGAUCCCGUUCGACAUUCCGCUCCAGCCCACCAUUCGGACUAUCAAGCGGCGACUUGAUCCAAAGAAGGAGCCGAAAGAGAGAGCUAAGAAGCUUGCUAGUGGCGAGGUUAAUGAGAUUCUGCUUGGCUCGUAUAAUCGCAAGAGCAUGAAACCAACGCCUUUCUUGGAGAGCUUCACGCAGUUUGAGCGCCGAGCUGGCAGCGGCAAGAGUACGGACGAGCUAUCGGACAAUCGCUGUGGCCAAUGGCUGUUCAUGUAUGCGGUGCUCCAGUCUCUCCCCAUGCUCGUGGUCGACGCUCAAAACAUCCGAUUCUGCGAAGGAGUUGAAUAUUUCCUAUGUGUUCCGCCUCGUGGCAACCCCCCAUGGUGCAGGGAUGAUGCAAAAACAGCCCGCAGCUGGUUUGGCGUUGCUGGCGGUUCGGGUCUCGUCAACCUCCCCUCAGAUGUCGUCGCAAACGGCGUCGAAGGCGUUUACAGACGCAGCCAUUGCUGGCAAGUCGCGACCAAAUGGGCAGAUCAGCAACAGCUGCUCACAACGGUGAUGCCCGAACGUGCACCAGCGAGUCCAAUUACUCCGGUAUCCCCUUACCAACACCCCACCGCUGGUCCCCCUGCCUUAUCCGCUCCCGAGUCGGUUUCCGACAAGCAGCCCACUCCGCUCAUCACUCCAGGAACCGUCACACCGCCCAUGUUUUCGCUUCCGCUGCCAAAUCCAGGGUUCUCGAGAGCCGGAAACAGGUCCUCCAUCCACAUGGGCCUAGAAGCGUUGCCGCUCCCCGCCGGCGUGGUGCCUGUCGAUCCCCCGUCUCGGCCCGUGAGCCACAACCCAAACUUGAGCUUCGAUCAGAUUCUGGGAGAGACGUCCAGGAAAGCCAAAAAAUAA